GCGCCAGUGUUAUUGUUUCUGAAUGAAAAUCCAGGAAAUGUGGCAGUAAAGCAGCAGCUGCACAUGAGGAGAAACACAGAGUGCUCCUGUUUCACCUUUAUUAGAAUGUAAUGUAAAGGGUUAGGGGUGUGUGUGUGUGUGAGUGAGUGUGUGUGUGUGUGUGUGUGUUUUGGAUAGAGCGGGUGGCAGCAGGAAGAAAAGUGCGCGCGCGCUUGUGCGUGUGAGUGUGUGUGAGAGUGUGUGUGUGUGUGUGUGUGUGUGUGUGUGAGGCGCUCAGGCCUGCUGCUGUACCGCCGGUCGAUUUUAACAAUAGCCGAAGUGCUCUCACUUCUCCGGGCUAAAAACCUCUCAGCUUCCAUGUAAUUCAUUCCAGCACACACUCUCACUCCUCUCAGCUUGCUUCACGGCUCACAUGGAAGGCAAUUUAACGCCAAACUGCAUUUAAGGACAUUUUCUUUUUUUAUUUUUUUUAUAAACACUGCUCGUUUGUAACACCUUGGAAGGAAAGACACAAUAGGAGAAAAUGUCCAACAGUGCUGCAGGAAGCGGAGGGCUGAACUGGGUGACCCUCUUUGAUAAGAACAAUGGCACGAAGAGAGAGGAGGCGAACGGCGAAGGCGGGAAGAGCGAGCUGCCCAGGAAAGAGAGCUCCAAGAAAAUGUCUGUGGAGCGUGUGUACCAGAAGAAAACUCAGCUGGAGCACAUCCUUCUCCGCCCAGACACCUACAUCGGCUCAGUGGAGCCUGUCACUCAGCAAAUGUGGGUUUUCGAUGAGGAGAUUGGAAUGAAUUCGCGAGAGAUCACUUACGUCCCUGGACUGUAUAAAAUCUUUGAUGAAAUUCUUGUUAACGCGGCUGACAACAAGCAGCGAGACAAGAACAUGAACUGCAUCAAAAUCACCAUCGAUCCGGAGUCUAACAUCAUCUCCAUAUGGAACAACGGGAAAGGAAUCCCUGUGGUGGAGCACAAAGAGGAGAAGAUGUACGUCCCCGCUCUGAUCUUCGGACACCUGCUGACCUCCAGCAAUUACGAUGACGAUGAGAAAAAAGUCACAGGUGGAAGGAAUGGCUAUGGUGCUAAGCUUUGUAACAUAUUCAGUACCAAGUUCACAGUGGAAACUGCCUGCAGAGAGUACAAACACAGCUUCAAACAGACAUGGCAGAACAACAUGACAAAAACCAGCGAUGCAAAAAUCAAGCCCUUCGAUGGGGACGACUUCACUUGUGUCACAUUCCAGCCUGACCUCUCCAAAUUCAAGAUGGAUAAACUGGACAAGGAUACUGUGGCUCUGCUGACGCGCAGGGCGUAUGACGUAGCCGGUUCAUGCAAGGGCGUUAAAGUCAUUCUCAACGGCAAGAAGCUGCCUGUGAAUGGCUUCCGCAGCUAUGUGGAUCUAUACGUGAAGGAUAAGCUGGACGAGACUGGCGUAGCACUGAAAGUAGUAAAUGAGUCGGUGAACGAGCGCUGGGAGGUGUGUCUGACCAUGAGCGAGAAGGGCUUCCAGCAGAUCAGCUUUGUCAACAGCAUCGCCACUACAAAGGGUGGCAGACACAUUGAUUAUGUCGUGGACCAAAUUGUGUCAAAACUCAUCGAGGUGGUGAAGAAGAAGAACAAAGCAGGAGUGUCAGUGAAACCAUUCCAGGUCAAGAACCACAUCUGGGUGUUUGUGAACGCUCUGAUCGAGAACCCGACCUUUGACUCUCAGACUAAAGAGAACAUGACUCUUCAGACUAAAAGCUUUGGCUCUAAAUGUGCUCUCUCUGAAAAAUUCAUAAGAGCAGCUACUAACUGUGGCAUCGUGGAGAGCAUUCUGAACUGGGUGAAGUUCAAGGCUCAGACACAGCUGAAUAAAAAGUGCUCUUCAGUCAAGCACAGCAAGAUCAAAGGCAUCCCUAAACUGGAUGACGCUAAUGAUGCUGGUGGGAAGCACUCUUCUGAAUGCACUCUGAUUCUUACUGAGGGAGACUCAGCCAAAUCGCUGGCCGUCUCCGGACUGGGCGUUAUUGGACGAGACCGCUACGGAGUGUUUCCUCUAAGAGGCAAGAUCCUCAAUGUGCGGGAGGCCACGCACAAACAGAUCAUGGAGAAUGCAGAAAUCAACAACAUCAUUAAGAUUGUUGGCUUGCAGUAUAAGAAGAGCUACGAUGACGCAGAAUCCCUAAAAUCUCUACGCUAUGGCAAAAUCAUGAUAAUGACUGAUCAAGAUCAAGACGGUUCACACAUUAAGGGCCUGCUCAUCAACUUCUUCCACCAUAACUGGCCAUCCCUUCUGAAGCACACGUUUCUGGAGGAGUUCAUCACCCCGAUUGUCAAAGCCACUAAGAACAAACAGGAAGUUUCCUUCUACAGCAUUCCAGAGUUUGAAGAGUGGAAGAAGCAAACAGAGAAUUACAAAACAUGGCAUAUAAAGUACUACAAAGGUUUGGGUACCAGCACAAGCAAAGAGGCAAAGGAAUACUUCGCUGAUAUGGAUAGACAUAGGAUUAUGUUCAAGUAUGGAGGCACAGAGGACGAUGCUGCCAUUACUUUGGCCUUCAGCAAGAAGAAGACAGAUGACAGAAAAGAGUGGCUCACUAAUUUCAUGGAGGACAGGCGGCAGAGGAGGCUGCACGGUCUGCCUGAGCAAUUCCUGUACGGCACUGCAACUCGGCACUUGUCAUACAACGACUUCAUCAACAAAGAGCUGAUUCUCUUCUCCAACUCCGACAAUGAGAGAUCUAUUCCGUCCCUUGUUGAUGGUCUGAAGCCGGGCCAGAGGAAGGUCCUGUUUACUUGUCUGAAGAGGAACGAUAAAAGGGAGGUGAAAGUGGCUCAGCUGGCUGGCUCAGUAGCAGAGAUGUCUGCUUACCAUCACGGCGAGCAAGCUUUAAUGAUGACCAUCGUGAACUUGGCUCAGAACUUUGUCGGCAGCAACAACAUCAACAUCCUGCAGCCCCUGGGUCAGUUCGGCACCCGCAUCAACGGAGGCAAAGACGCAGCUAGCCCCCGUUACAUUUUCACCAUGCUCAGUCCACUGGCCAAGCUGCUGUUCCCACCUGUGGACUCCAACCUGCUCAAGUUUCUUUACGAUGACAACCAGAAGGUGGAGCCAGAGUGGUACAUUCCUAUAAUCCCCAUGGUUCUGGUGAACGGAGCAGAGGGUAUUGGGACCGGCUGGGCCUGCAAGAUCCCCAACUACGACCCACGAGAGAUCGUCAACAACAUCAACCGCAUGCUUGAACAUCAAGAUCCUUUGCCUAUGCUUCCCAGCUAUAAGAACUUCAAGGGAGUGAUCCAUGAGCUGGGCCAGAACCAGUAUGUGGUCAGUGGUGAGGUCUCCGUCCUUGACAAGAACACCAUUGAGAUCACAGAGCUUCCGAUACGCACCUGGACUCAGGCAUACAAGGAGUCAGUGUUGGAGCCCAUGCUACAGGGCACAGAGAAGACCCCAGCGCUCAUCUCUGACUAUAAGGAGUAUCACACAGACACCACAGUGAAGUUUGUGGUCCGCAUGACGGAGGAAAAGCUGGCCCAGGCUGAGGCAGCAGGCCUCCACAAAGUCUUCAAGCUGCAGUCUUCUCUCACCUGCAACUCAAUGGUGCUAUUUGAUCACAUGGGCUGUAUGAAGCGGUACGAAUCUGUGAAUGAUAUACUGAAGGAGUUCUUUGAGCUGCGUUUGCACUAUUACAAACUGAGGAAGGACUGGCUGGCUGGCAGUUUGGGUGCCGAGUCAUCAAAACUCUCCAAUCAAGCACGGUUUGUUCUUGAGAAGAUUGAAGGGAAGAUUUCAAUCGAGAACAAGACUAAGAGGGAUCUGAUCCGGAUGCUGGUUCAGAGGGGGUACGAGUCUGACCCAGUGGCAGCUUGGACCAAAGCUCAAGAGAAGGCUCUGGAGGAUGAAGAUCAUGACGGCAACACGAGUGACAGCUCAGAGGACUCUGGCUCCUCAUCAGGUCCUAACUUUAACUACAUCCUCAACAUGCCUCUGUGGUGCCUGACCAAGGAGAAGGUGGACGAGCUCCUCAAACAGAGAGACAUGAAGAAAGCAGAAUUGAAUGAACUGCAGAGAAAAUCUCCAGACGAUCUUUGGAGAGAAGACCUGGCUGUGUUUAUUGAAGAGCUGGACCGGGUGGAGGAACAAGAGCGUGAGAACAACAGCAUGGGAAAAGCAGUGAAGCUGGUCAAAGGCAAGGUGGGCAAGCCCAAAGUGAAGAAGAUCCAGCUGGAAGAGACACUGCCUUCGCCCUUCGGUCGGCGAAUAGAGCCCCAGAUCACACUCGCCAUGAAAGCUGACGCCUCCAAGAAGAUGACCAAGAAGAAGAAGGGUGAUGCGGAAAUGUCAGUGAAGGUGGAAUUUGAUGAUGACGGCAUGAUGGACACGAACGGUGCAGCAGGAGACAAUUCAAUGAUUUCACCGUCUGGUCUGCCAAACCCUGGAGCCAAACCCAAAGCCCCACGUGUUAAAAAGGAGAAGAAGGAACCUGGCGCUCCUAGACAGAGGAAGACUCCAGGCACAGCAAAGGGCACACCCAAGAAGGCAAAGAAGAGGAACCCAUGGUCAGAUGAUGACGACAGGUCUGACAGCGAUCUGGACGAGAGCGAGCAGCCUGUUAUUCCCCGAGACACGACGUCCAGGAGAGCUUCAGCUGCAAAAGCCAAGUACACCUUUGACUUCUCUGAGGAGGAAGAGGAGGAUGCUGAUGAAGACCAAGAUAAUGAGCCACCAGCUUCACCGGUCCACUCCUACAAGGAGAGCUUUAGCACUGCACAGAAUAACAAUGAUGAGGAAGAUGAAGAUGAUGACGACGACAUAUUCCCUCCUAAACCAGCAAUCACUUCGUCUGCCUCAGAAGCCAAGAAGAAGAAGGAGCCAGAGAGCAUAUUCUCGUCAUCCAAACAUGCCUACUCGGAGAAGAGCAGUGACAGUGAAGUGAAGUCUGACAGUGAUGAUGACAGGGACGCAGCGUUCUCAUCCUACUCCAGCAGCUCAGCGUUUGAGAAAACCUCUCCUACAAAGAAAGCUAAGAAGCCUACAGAAGUGGCACCUAAGCCCCGAAAACCUCCAGCCAAACCCAAGAAACCCGACACCUCCGUGUGGGACUCGGACUCAGACACGGCAGCUAAGAAGCCCCCAUCUGCUCCAUCCCUUAAAGGCCCAAGCAAAGGCAGGGGGAGGAAGAGGAAGCAUUCUGACUCAGAGGAAGAUUACAACCCUGUGAAGAAGACAGGAAAAGCUCCAGGCAGCAAAAAGCAGAAGAAGGCAGCGUCAGACGAGGAUGAAGAUGAAGUGAACAGUAAGAGUUUCAGCCGCUUGGACACAGCCCGUGACCGGUCAGGUCGAGCCAAGAAAGAGGUCAAGUACUUCGCCGAGUCUGACGAUGAUGACGACGAUAUGUUCGAUUAGGCAGCUUACCAGUACUCUCUCUCUGUCUCUCUCUCUCUCACACACACACACACACACACACACACACACACAGACACACUCGCUUGUUACAUCUUCUGUCCUUUGUCCUGCAGACUUUUGUACAUUUCUUCACUUGCCAGUUUUAUUUUUCUUUAUUUGUGAUGUUAAAUGCUUUUUACUGUGUAGCUGUUUUACAAUUUUUAUUAUUAUUGUUAUUAUUAAUAUUAUUAUUAUUGUUAUACAGGUUUUUUUUUCAUCAAACUGUAUUUGUCCUAAGCAGCUUUUAGAAAUUUAGACUGCGGUGCUCCAGCACAUUUUAAAUGUUGAAAGUAAGAGACAGUGUACCUUUUGAGAUGAACUUGGAAAUAAACAUGAAAUGUAAAGGUG